AUGCGUUAGGUGAAAAAAAAAAAACGCUGAUUAAUUGGGAUUCCGGAAGCGGCGGAAAGAGGAGGCAAGAAAUCCUGGCAACAGUCAAAACUAACACCUCUAUACUUGAAAACCUCUCUCAACUCUCCUCAUCUCUCAACAUUUCUCCCUCCGUAGAAUCAAGCAGACGAAGAUGGGGAGAAUCUCUGCGACUCUCUUCUUCGCUUUCCUUCUAAUCUCCUCUGCAUGCUCCUUCUAUCUUCCUGGCGUGGCUCCACGUGACUUUCAUAGAGGUGACUUCCUUUCUGUCAAAGUGAACAAAUUGUCAUCUACAAAGACACAACUUCCUUAUGACUACUACUACUUAAAAUAUUGUAAGCCUGAUAAAAUUGUGAACAGUGCUGAAAAUUUGGGGGAGGUUCUUCGAGGUGACCGCAUCGAGAACUCUGUAUACAAUUUUGAAAUGAUGGAAGAGCAGCCGUGCAAAGUGGCUUGUCGAAUGAUACUUGAUGCUGAGUCUGCUAAGAAUUUUAAAGAAAAGAUUGAUGAUGAGUAUCGAGUUAACAUGAUUCUAGAUAACCUUCCAGUUGCUGUACUUAGUCAAAGGAGGGGUGGCAGUCAGUCAACAACUUACGAACAUGGUUUCCGUGUUGGGUUCAAAGGAAAUUAUGCUGGAAGUAAAGAGGAGAAAUACUUUAUCAAUAACCACCUUAGCUUUAGAGUUAUGUAUCACAAGGAUCCUGAGUCAGGCUCUGCUCGAAUCGUUGGAUUUGAGGUUAUUCCAAACAGCAUCAAUCAUGAGUACAAGGAAUGGGAUGAUAAUAAUCCUCAAGUGACAACAUGCAACAAGGAUACCAAAAAAUUGAUUCAAGGUAGCACUGUUCCACAAGAAGUUGACUCAGGCAAGGCAAUUGUGUUCACAUAUGAUGUUACCUUCAAGGAAAGUGAGAUUAAAUGGGCGUCUCGUUGGGACACCUACCUACUCAUGAAUGAUGAUCAGAUCCAUUGGUUCUCCAUCAUAAACUCACUGAUGAUUGUUCUCUUCCUUUCUGGCAUGGUCGCCAUGAUCAUGAUGAGAACUUUGUAUAGGGAUAUUGCAAACUACAAUCAAUUGGAGACUCAAGAUGAGGCCCAAGAAGAAACAGGGUGGAAACUUGUCCAUGGAGAUGUGUUUAGGGCACCUAUCAAUUCUGGUUUACUGUGUGUUUAUGUCGGUACAGGUGUACAAAUAUUUGGAAUGACACUGGUGACAAUGAUAUUUGCAUUGCUGGGUUUCUUGUCCCCUUCCAACAGAGGUGGCCUUAUGACUGCGAUGGUUCUGUUGUGGGUCUUCAUGGGCAUAUUGGCUGGUUACUCGUCAGCACGUUUGUACAAAAUGUUUAAGGGCACAGAGUGGAAGAGAAACACCCUAAAAACUGCAUUUAUGUUCCCUGGUAUUCUUUUUGCAAUCUUUUUUGUGCUGAAUGCCCUAAUUUGGGGUGAGCAGUCUUCAGGGGCAGUGCCUUUUGGAACCAUGUUUGCUCUAGUUUGCUUGUGGUUUGGUAUCUCUGUUCCCUUGGUCUUCGUGGGCAGUUACCUAGGUUUCAAAAAGCCAGCUAUCGAAGACCCUGUGAAAACAAACAAAAUUCCUAGGCAAAUACCAGAGCAAGCUUGGUACAUGAAGCCAGUCUUCUCCAUACUCAUUGGAGGCAUUCUUCCAUUUGGUGCAGUUUUUAUCGAGCUCUUCUUCAUCUUGACAUCAAUAUGGCUGAAUCAGUUCUACUACAUCUUUGGCUUCCUCUUCAUAGUGUUCGUUAUUCUUUUAAUCACUUGUGCAGAGAUAACAAUUGUGCUCUGCUACUUCCAGUUAUGUAGUGAGGACUAUCACUGGUGGUGGAGAUCUUACCUGACUGCCGGCUCUUCUGCUCUGUACCUUUUCCUCUACUCGGUUUUCUACUUCUUCACCAAAUUGGAAAUCACAAAAUUGGUUUCGGGCAUCCUGUAUUUUGGGUAUAUGAUAAUCAUAUCUUAUGCUUUCUUUGUCUUGACUGGAACAAUCGGCUUCUAUGCUUGCUUCUGGUUUGUGCGAAAGAUCUACUCAUCUGUCAAAAUUGACUGACCUGAUGAUCCAAAAGCAGAUGAGGAUUAAAGCAACUCUUGGGGUUUGUUUAGCUUUUCUCAAUGCUUUUGCCGGGUGCAGUUUAUGAGAUGGAAAUUAUGGUUCUUGGUCCCGGUGAAAGCUUUUCUUGUGCUGAUUAGAGAUUAGGACUGGGCAUGUUUUGUUUAUGCAUAUGUGAAAAUUAAUAUAAAUUGUUCUCACUAGUUUCUGUGCAUUAAGCAGUGAUCUAGAUCUCUCCACACGGUGUAUCGACUGUCUUUUACUCAAAUCAUAAGAUUAUGAUUCCCUAAACACUGCUUCUGUUGCUUGAUUUCUUUCUUCCUUUCUUUUCUUUUAUUAUUUUGUUUUUCUUAGUAACACAUCCUCGGAUGAAUGAUCUUUCUGUUAUUA